UUUCAGGAGAGGCAAGAGACUCGGGGGAGGUCCUGAGACAACAUUCCUUAGGACAUGAUUCUCCUGAGACCAUGCCUGAAAAAUCUGUACAAGACAAUUCCUCAGCUAUGGAAUGAUUGAGGAGAGUGGGAAGAGGAGGAGGACAAUGGCAGAGAAGAGACAGCUGUUCAUGGAAAUGAGAGCACAGAAUUUUGAUGUCAUCAGACUUUCCACGUAUCGAACAGCCUGUAAACUGCGGUUUGUACAAAAAAGAUGUAAUCUUCAUCUUGUUGAUAUCUGGAAUAUGAUUGAAGCCUUCCGAGAUAAUGGCCUUAACACUUUGGAUCAUAACACAGAGAUCAACGUGUCUCGACUAGAAACAAUUAUUUCAUCCAUCUACUACCAGCUAAACAAACGCCUUCCUUCUACUCACCAAAUCAGUGUAGAGCAAUCCAUCAGCCUCCUCCUCAACUUCAUGAUAGCAGCAUAUGACAGUGAGGGCCAUGGGAAACUGACAGUAUUUUCAGUGAAAGCGAUGUUAGCAACCAUGUGUGGUGGUAAAAUACUGGACAAACUCAGAUAUAUUUUCUCUCAAAUAUCAGAUUCAAAUGGACUAAUGAUAUUUACAAAGUUUGAUCAGUUUUUGAAAGAAGUUCUAAAACUUCCAACCGCUGUCUUUGAAGGGCCUUCUUUUGGAUACACAGAGCAUUCUGUUCGGACCUGUUUCCCACAACAAAAAAAGAUCAUGAUAAACAUGUUUUUAGACACAUUGAUGGCUGAUCCACCUCCUCAGUGCCUUGUGUGGCUGCCUCUCAUGCACAGACUUGCCCAUGUUGAAAAUGUCUUCCAUCCUGUGGAAUGUUCAUACUGCCGAUGUGAGAGCAUGAUGGGCUUCCGGUACCGAUGCCAGCAGUGCCACAACUACCAGCUCUGUCAAAACUGUUUUUGGCGCGGCCAUGCAAAUGGUCCUCAUAGCAACCAGCAUCAGAUGAAGGAGCAUUCAUCUUGGAAAUCACCUGCAAAGAAGCUGAGCCAUGCAAUUAGUAAAUCACUCGGUUGCGUACCCAGUAGAGAACCACCUCGUCCUGUAUUUCCUGAGCAGCCAGAAAAGCCACUUGAUCUUGCACAUAUAGUUCCUCCUCGGCCUCUGACUAACAUGAAUGACACCAUGGUGACCCACAUGUCCUCUGGAGCACCUACACCGACAAAAAGGUUACGGUGCAACCUGGAUGCUGCCAGCCGGUUAGCGGAUGAGCAUGCACUGAUAGCCUCCUAUGUGACCCGGCUGCAGAGCAGUGCACGUGUCCUGGACAGCCCCGGCAGGCUGGACGAGGAGCACAGGCUGAUCGCCAGAUACGCCGCCCGGCUGGCUGCUGAAGCUGGAAAUGCACCUCGCCCUCCGGCAGACCUGGGUUUCAGCUUUGAUGCAAAUAAACAACAAAGGCAGCUGAUAGCAGAGCUGGAAAACAAAAACAGAGAGAUACUCCAAGAAAUUCAGCGUCUCAGGCUGGAACAUGAACAAGCCUCUCAACCCACCCCUGAAAAAGCUCAGCAGAAUCCAACAUUAUUGGCUGAACUCAGGCUUCUACGACAGAGAAAGGAUGAACUGGAACAGAGAAUGUCUGCUCUUCAAGAAAGCAGAAGAGAACUGAUGGUGCAGCUUGAAGGGCUGAUGAAACUGCUCAAAGAAGAAGAGCAAAAGCAGGCAGCGCAAGCAGCAGGCUCGGCACAGUCCUCACCCACCCAUGGAGCCAGCCGCCCCAUGCCCAUGCCCGUCAGAUCCACCUCCGCCGGCUCUACCCCAACUCACGUCCCGCAGGACUCACUCACUGGAGUCGGGGGAGAUGUGCAGGAAGCUUUCACACAAGGUACGAGGAGGAACCUCCGCAACGACCUGCUGGUAGCGGCCGAUUCCAUCACCAACACCAUGUCAUCUCUGGUGAAGGAACUUCAUUCAGCAGAGGAAGAAGAUGAAGAAGAAAGAGAAAAAAUGCAGAAUGGAAAGGACCGAGGUUAGGUGGACGACCACAGGAUGUACAGUAAUUCAGGCAUGGAGGGUCACGCUUACAGUCGAGAGACGUCUCCCCAUCCUUUGGAAGUGGCACGUUUCAGCUGAUACAUUUACCAUCGUGCAACUGUGACCGAUCUCAACCACCUGCUGACAAAAGCGGCUUUCUCCAAACCACCCAGAGGGCUUCCCCCGUGGGCACUUGCCUCUUAGGUCAUUGCAUGUACUGUUUUCCUCCAUGUGUUUACUAACAAUAAUCAAACUCAGCAAUUUAUGGGAGGUUUAAAAAAAAAAGAACAAGACAAAAGGAAAGCCAAUACUCCCUGCUCCUAAGUGUACUGACCUUCUUUGAUUUCCUCCCAAAUGGUGUCAUCAUCGCGUCGCACAACGGUUAUUUCCUCUUGAGUUCUACCCCUCGCUGUGCAUUAAAUGAUGGGUGUAGAGCCUUGUGGGGUGCCUUGCGUGUGACAUGGAGGGGGGUCUGCCUUCCAAAAACCACCUUCUGAAAGUAUCACACUGUCUGUGUGGAUGUCUGGUUGCCAUCAUGGGCGAUGCCACAUGUCAUCCCGGGAGGAAAUGGCAGGGCACACCACGGGUGAAGGGAGGCACCAUCUGCCUCCCAGCACUCCUGGCUCUGCUGCUGUUCAGACUGUUACAGAAAUUUCCCUUUACAGGCAGGGAAUUCAGGGACAGCCAUUGCUAGGCUUAGAUUAGCAUUUCCACAUUUGUUUUCAGGAGUCCAGUUCAGUUUUGUUUAAAUUAAGAGAAACAACCAGGUUGUGAAGUCUGAGGCUAGCAGCUGACUGCUCGCUGAUGCUCACUGAGCUUUUCUUCCAUGGCUGCUUAGAAAACAUCAUGAUCAGUUCCAAUCACUGGCGAUUUUUUUCUUUUUUUUUUUUUUUUGGUGCUUAGGAAUGUUAUUUUUAGUGGAAGGAGCUGAGUGUCCUAAUGCAUCUAUAAAUAUUUAUCAGGGGUGAUGAAUGGAAUGGAGUGAUAAACCCUGAAACCAGCCCUCAGCUUUUCUUCCCAUCUGAACUGAUACGUGGCCUUGGCUCUCAGUGGAAAGUGCUCGUUGGGUACCUACAGCCCUUGGGGAGAAAGGAAAUAAACAUUUGUGGUGGCCACA